AUCAGAUCUUGAUUGCAAUAUAAUUGCUUUUAAAAUGGAAAAGUUUUCAAUAUGUACUAUAGUAAUAUUGAGUAUUUUCGUUGGAGUAAAUUCUCUAAAAUGUUACCGAUGUACCAAUUGCACCAAAGUUAACAGUGACCAAAUAGUCACGUGUGGAGAAAACACGACAGUAACAACAACUACAAGUUCUACCACAACUUCUACAACACCUUCAUCUAGUUCUUCUACGACAACAUCUUCUUCAGCAUCAUCUUCAACAACAUCAAGCACCACACCGUCAACAACAACGACUACCACCACAACAACAACUACGACACCAUCACCAUCAACAAACGACACAGCAAGUAAUUCUACAACAUCAAACAAUGAUACAAAUUUGAGUCCAAAAACAGUAAGAGUCAGAAGAAGUAUGGAAGAAUCGAACAACUGCAUGUGUAAUAAUAAUAAUGGGAUCUGUGACUGUAAUGUUUUGCGUAUCGUUCAGUUAAGCGAUGUUAAUGCUACCGGCACAUAUGUCUGUGUUACAGACACUCUACAUGUAAAUAGUGCUUCAGUCAUCAACCGUGGUUGUGCUUUGAAGCAUAACCAGACUUCGCAAACUUGCAUCAGCUCAGCGUUCUCAAGCAACUGUGCCGUGUGUGAAACAGACGAAUGCAACGAUGCUAAUUCUAUUAAUUUCUCUGCUCUUGUAAUUAUUUCAUCCCUUUUUGUUGCGUUGAAAAUUUAUUAAACUAAAAUUUUGACAUUUUU